AUGAAGGUUCAGGAUCUUGGAGCCAACAAGGUGGGACUAGAAGACAAGAGUGUGCUAGCGAAUGAAUCUAGUAUAAUUAGCGCAUUCACCAGAAGAAUAAUAAAGGAAAAAAGCGGUAACUACCAGGUGCUGAAAAGAUCUAUUGAUGGGAAAUUGAUCUACCCUGAAGCUACUGGAGUAUCUUCCAAUAGAGGUAAUAAACUGUUGCAGAAGAGUGAAGUGGUUACCAGAAGAGAUUUGAAUAAUUCUAAGCCCAUUAUUGAGCAGACCGUCUUUUAUAACGGUUCAGAGCAUCGCCUUUUACAAACAAAUAUUGCGGCUGAUAAUAAAACUAACAGGAGACGUAAAAGAAUAAAAUUCACACCCGACAUCAACGUUGAGCCAGUCUCAAUUGGUGGUGAAAACAACACCAACGAAAGCAACGAAAGCGACGAUGGCAUCACUGAUGAUUAUGACGGCGAUGAAGAUGAAGACGACCUAUCAAGAUUAGUGAACAUUAAGGAGAUUUUGACCCCAAUUCUUUCGCUUGGGGACGUAAUAAACCAUAAAACAAUCUCAAAAACUUUUUCAAGCUUAAUUUUGAAGAACCUGGCUACCCAAAUUAUUCUAAUGAUUGAAAGGGAGCAAAUGUCAGUUGUUAGAUAUUCCCAGUUUUUAGAAGUGUUUUUGGGUGAUCAUCCAGAACCGAUCUAUGAAUCCAACUUAUACCUACCACCUUACAAUCAUAACUUAACUUUACCUGAGGACUGUAAAGCAACCGGAUUAACCGGAAAUAGUCCAAAGAAUAGUAUCAACGAAACUAAUGUCAACACCACCAUGACUACAGAGGAUGAAUACUCCAAUAAUGAAACGGAAGAAACUAAAGAUGAAGACCCUUUUUUUGCCCUACCAAAACUAGAACAAUCUAAUGCACUUCUAUCAUUGCUACCAUCAUCAUCCGGAUCCGUCUCUAUUUCGACGUUAACAGCAGCGGAACAACAACAAUUGAACGACGAAAUUGAAUCAGCUAGACAGCUAUCACAGAUCGCAUUACAAAGAAACAAAGAAUUCAUAAGAAACUUGCAAAAAAUUAGAAAAUCCGUGAUAAAGGCCAAUAGAAUAAGGGGGAGGAUAUUAAGCUGGAGCCGAGAGUUCUUGGGCAUUUCAGACGAUGAUAUUACUAUUCCAGUAGCGCUGCGUGUUGUCAAGAGAGGGUUGAUCAGUGCUACAACAAACAAGACAACAAAUUUCGAAGAAGAAAUUGAGAAUGGCAUGGAAGAUGGCGUGGCUGAUGAUAAUGAACCUGACGAUGAGGCUAAUAGAGCUUGA